CGCUUUAUGUGCAUCGCCUAGGCUUUCUAGGUCAACCAGUUUCUGGAGGGAAAUGCACUUGACGGGUUGUUUCCGUGAUGUCCGUUAUACGCAAUAUCCUGAAGGUCUUCCUGGCACUUCUUACGCCAACAGUAUUAGUUUUUUGGACUGUCGUUCGACUCCUCACGCUGCACUCAAAAACCCACUAUUACCGCCUCAAUGAAUGUCUAUUUUCAACUUAUAUGCGAGCAUUUUUAUUCUUUUUUGAGUACCUUACUUUGUCAAGAGUAAGUCCAUGCUGCACCACUUAUCACUUGGAAGCUGUUUAUCUAUGGAGAUACAGAAUUUCAUAAAGAAGGAAGAAAAAGAGCGCUGUAUAUAUCGAAUCACCUCUCAACAGGUGGGCGAAAAUGUUUCAUUAACGUACAUUCAACUAAAGUUGAUUGGUUCAUUUGUUCAAUGCUUCUAGCAAGACAAGGUGGGAUUGGGCGCACCCGGUUUAUUCUACACAAAAAUCUGAAAUAUAUUCCGGUUUUCGGAUUUUACCUUGCGCAGGAUUCGUUCGUUUUUGUCGACCGGUCCAAUUUCCAGGCGCAAAAAGCAGUGGACGUCAUGAACGAGAUCAAAGAAGUACAGUCCGAUGUUUGGAUGAUAAUUUAUCCUGAAGGCAAACGCUUCAACCCCGAACACCUCGAUGUCAUCGAAAAAAGCGCGGAGUUUGCUCGGAACAAUGGUGAGACAAACUGCUGGAGACCGAAUAGCAAAACGUUUUCGUGUGCUUAUAUCAGUAUUCUGAACAUUUUACGCAAACCAGGGACGAAACCACUACGCCACCACCUGACACCGCGUUACAAAGGAUUAAAACUUCUUUUGGACAACUUUCGUGACUACGUAGAUGUGAUCUACGACGUGUCCGUUGUCUACGCUGAUGCUCAUGGCCGUCCGCUGGACCACCGGAUACGAGUCCCUCAGCUUUUAAAUUGGAUGGAUUCCACACGAAGUUUGCACAUUCACGUGACACGCAUCCCCAUCCAUUCUGUGCCGGUAGGCGAUAACCAACUGUACAAAUGGUUGUGCGAACGAUUCCACAUCAAAGACGAAUUUGUUGAAAAUCUCCAGAGCCACUUUUAUCCAUCGGACGGCCAUUCGCUGUGUAAAGCCGACGGCGAAACAAACCACUUGUCAAGCACAAUACCGAACGGAGGGUUGCAUCCGGCUUCCGAUGAUAUACAAGGAAUUAUCAUGAAAGCAAUGCCAAAAGAAAUGCACAAAGAAGCUGCCGUACUACAGCCACUCAGACUGGUCGAUCUACUGCCGUCGUUGUUGCUUUUCUACGGAUUCACUAUUUACUGGCUUGUCGGUUUUGGGUGGCAUGGUCCUUUGAUUGAGCNGUCUUGGGCAGUGCUGCAGGAAUGCUUUACGUGCACUAUUUCGUUUGACCAUGAGAUUACCAAAUAUUCUCACACUAGAUGCUAUUUUUUCGAAUAACAACCUUGACAACCAUUAAAUGGAUUAGUUCACGAAACUAUUGUGAUAAGCUAGAUAUGUAAUGGUAUUUCAUCUUGUUUUUUCUGUUUUCCACUUCCUAUAAUAAUAAUUGUCUCUCUU